UUUUGUCUCCGGGUUUUCUUUUGGGGCGCCAAUCCCCUGCCAAAACCCUCACAGCGAAGCAUAAACCUUACGCCGGCACCGGAAGGAGCUCGAAAGCACAGCCAUGGGGAAAGCCGAUAACAUCCUCCAAACUCUCGGGGACUUCACCAGCAAAGAGAAUUGGGACAGUUUCUUCACCAUCCGCGGCCAUGGGGAUGCUUUCGAGUGGUAUGCCGAGUGGCCUCAGCUCAAAGAUCCACUCAUUUCCCACCUUCCUUCCCUCUCCCAAACAGCGUCUCCUCAGAUUCUCGUUCCUGGCUGCGGAAACUCCAGUCUAUCUGAACAGCUUUACGACGCUGGCUUUCGAUGCAUCACCAAUAUUGAUUUCUCUAAAGUUGCAAUCUCCGAUAUGCUGCGCCGGAACGUGAGGGAACGCCCCGAUAUGCGGUGGCGUGUCAUGGAUAUGACGAGCAUGCAGUUCACGAACGAUACAUUUGAUGCUGUUGUUGAUAAAGGUGGAUUGGAUGCUUUAAUGGAGCCAGAAGUUGGUUCCAAGCUGGGAAGUCAGUAUUUAUCUGAGGUGAAAAGAGUUCUAAAACCAGGAGGAAAGUUUAUUUGUCUUACAUUAGCAGAAUCUCAUGUUUUAGGCUUGCUCUUUCCCAAGUUUCGUUUUGGAUGGAAGAUGAGUAUUCAUGUCAUACCUCAGAAACCACCGAGUAAGCCUAAUUUUCAAACCUUUAUGGUGGUGGUGGAGAAAGAUGAAUCUACUGCAUUGCACCAGAUAGAAUCUUCUUUAAAUUUUUCUUUGCUCGAUUCCCAUGGAAAUCAGACUCGUGAACUUGUCAAAACUCUUGAGAACGAGAAUAUAAUUCGCCAAAAGUGUUCCAGUGGUGCUGAUUUGCUGUUAUCUCUUGAAGACCUGCAACUAGGAGCAAAGGGGGAUCUGCAGAAGCUUCACCAAGGCCGUCGGAUUCAAUUUACUUUAGGUGGACAAGGGACCUCCGUUUUCAGUUAUAGAGCUGUACUUCUUGAUGCUCGGGAACAGUCUGGCUCAUUCUUGUAUGAAUGCGGAGUUUUUAUAGUGCCUAAGACCCGAGCUCAUGAAUGGCUGUUCUCUUCAGAAGAGGGCCAGUGGAUGGUCGUUGAGAGUUCAAAAGCAGCUCGCCUUAUAAUGAUUCUAUUAGAUGAGACACAAUCUGGAGCCAACAUGGAUGCUAUUCAGAAAGAUUUAUCUCCCCUAGUUAAACAAUUGGCACCGGGUGAAAAUGACAGUGGAUCUCAAAUUCCAUUUAUGACGGCAAGUGAUGGGAUCAAGGAACGUAAUUGUGUUUUUCAGGGUACGUCUACAUUAACGGGAUCGAUAGUUGUUGAAGACGUGAUAUAUGAACAUGUAAGUAAUGAUGCGAGUCGCAUCUUCCCAACGGGAGACUUGAUAUUUCGUCGCCUUAUUUUCCAAAGAACAGAGAGUUUGGUGCAGUCGGAGGCUUUGUUGACAAGGGAAAGACUUCAUGAGACAGUUUCUGGUCAGAUGGACAGGAAAAGGUCUCAUUCAUCAUCCAAAUCGAAGAAUAAAGGAAAGAAGAAACUGAAUAAGGAGUCCAGUGACCAAAUGAAGGUUUAUCAUUGCUAUCUGGCAAGUUCUUAUCAUUUGGGGAUCAUUUCGGGGUUUAUGUUGAUAUCUCAAUAUUUGGAGAGUGUAGCAUCAGCUAGAACAACGGUGAAUACAGUUGUCAUUGGUCUUGGAGCAGGUUUGCUGCCCAUGUUCCUCCGUGCAUGCAUGUCUUUUUUACACAUUGAGGUGGUUGAGUUGGAUUCAACAAUUCUCAAACUUGCAAGGGAUUACUUCGAUUUUACUGAGGAUGCAGAUUUGACGGUACAUAUUGCUGAUGGGAUUCAGUUUGUUAGAGAAUUCAGAAAUUCUGGGGCAAAGGAUUCAUCAGCAAUUGUUCUCGACAAUGGAAACUCAUCUCGUGUAAAACGUCGAGGAGAUACGAAGAUUGACAUACUUAUUAUCGACGUGGAUGCAACAGACUCAAGCUCUGGAAUGACCUGCCCAGCAGCUGAUUUUGUAGAAGAACCGUUUCUUCUAGCAGCGAAAGACGCCCUCUCCGAGCAGGGUAUUUUUAUUGUAAACUUGGUCACACGAUCUCCGACCAUUAACGAUAUGGUUGUCUCAAGAAUGAAAGGAGUCUUUAAUCACCUCUUUUCCCUUCAACUCGAGGAAGAAGUGAAUGAAGUGCUUUUUGCUCUUCCUUCAGAGUUCUGUAUAAAGGAGGAUCUCUUCAAUGAAUCAGCUCUUCAGCUUGAGAAACUUUUAAAUCUGAAACACCCAGAAAUCAGGCAAAGCAUAGUUGAUGCUACAAAGAAGAUCAGAUGUCUGAAGUAAAAAGCUACCAUUUUCACUGAAGAAGUAAGCUCAUUUACUUUUAAAAAUUAUUGUAAUGUACAGUAAGUUAUAUGUUUUCUUUAGAUCUAAAUUUAUCAUGGAAAUGCUAGGGGGUUGAGAUCUUACUUCCAUCCUUAAGAUUUCAAUGAUUUGCAUUUUUGCUUAGAAAACUUUUGGUUCAUGACCUUGACGUUCAUGCUUAUCUGAUUAAGGUUUCAUCUUUUCAUCUUUUCAUCUCCAAUGAGAAUUCGAACGUCUACCAUUUUUAUCGUUUA